CGCGAGCCUUGGGCCCUUGAAUCAUGCGAUCAGACCGCACCAGUGGCCAACUGGGGCACUAAAUCUUCACGGUUCCCUGAAGCCACGAGGAAAUUUUUUUGUUCCCGCCUGUCGCUCUCCCCGCACACACGACCAUGCUACCUUGCGCUCAAUGAUAACGCCUCGGAGGUCUCCUUCGCCUGGCGCCCGUUAAUUAAUUUGCGUUCCGUCUUAUCUCGCUGCUACUAGACUGUCCGAGGCUACACCUGGCCCUACUUUAAUCUGCGGUUCCCUCUUUUGACUAUCGUCGCAGCUGUCGCCGAUCUUCUGCAGCUUUCGCAGCUCCCUCAACUUGCGCGUGGAUUCUUCAACAAUUCACGCGACAGAUAGCACUGUCUCAACACUAUGACAGCCGAGAACGUCUUGGACGGCAGAGCUCUCAGAGAGCCAGUCACCACGAACCCUUCACAGGAUGCCAUCAGAGGAUCCUCCGAUUUGGGGCCUCGAGGGACGGACGAGCACUUCAGAUACUCCAAGGAAGAGAUGACGGAGAAAAAGGCGAUACCGGAUUCGCAUCCCGUGGAUAGCACUAGUGAGCCAAGUGGACAAGAUGUCGAAGCAGGAGGGCGCAAGGCCGCUCUCAAAUCGCGGCUUCACCGUUAUUAUCGCCUUUAUUACAGGCAUUUCUUAUAUGCAGUGAUCUGGCUUUUGUUCACCGGGUGGUGGAUUACUGGCCUUAUUCUCUAUCGGAAGCUGGGCUGGGUCAUUCCGUUUCUGCUUUAUCUCGCCAUCACGCUUCGGCUCAUCUUCCUUUAUGUGCCAAUUUCAAUCCUCACGCGGCCAAUGCGUUAUGUGUGGAACAACACCGCGAGCCGAUUUGUUACUUUUAUACCCGAAUAUUUGCGCGUUCCAGCUGGCGCUUUAUUGACCAUUGCUGUCAUCCUAGUCGGCACCUUUGCGUCGGCCGAGGCGCCAGGAAACAAGAGAGAGGACCGCGCUGUUAGCUUAUUUGGUCUCGUGGUGUUCAUAUUUUGCCUCUGGCUUAGCUCCAGAAACCGGAGAAAGAUUAUCUGGCACACCGUCAUUGUGGGUAUGCUGGUUCAAUUCAUCAUCGCGCUUUUCGUUCUACGCACCCAAGUUGGUUUUGAUAUCUUCAACUUCAUCUCCACUUUGGCUCGCGAGCUCCUGGGGUUUGCACAGAAAGGUGUGGACUUUCUGACCGAUGAGAAUUUCAUCGAGGGCCACAACUAUUUCCUGGUAUCUGUUGUUCCAGCUAUUAUAUUCUUUGUUUCUCUUGUCCAGCUUCUUUACUACGCAGGCAUCCUACAGUGGGCCAUCCGCAAACUCGCAGUGUUCUUCUUCUGGGCCAUGCGCGUCUCCGGCGCUGAGGCUGUGGUAGCAGCAGCCUCUCCAUUCAUCGGCCAAGGAGAAUCUGCUAUGCUGAUCAAGCCCUUUAUCCCCCACUGCACCAUGGCUGAGAUUCACCAAAUCAUGUGCUCCGGUUACGCCACUAUUGCAGGUUCCGUCCUAAUCGCCUAUAUCCAGCUGGGCGUCAGUGGACAGGCGCUUGUCUCGUCCUGUGUAAUGAGCAUUCCUGCGUCCCUCGCAUGUUCAAAACUGCGGUGGCCUGAGGAGGAAGAAACUCUCACAGCCGGCCGCGUUGUCAUCCCUGAGGAACAAGAAGAUAAACCCGCAAAUCUCCUCGAUGCAUUCUCCAAGGGCGCUUGGCUCGGUAUCAAGAUUGGCGGCAUGAUCACCGCCACCCUCCUCUGCAUCAUCUCCCUUAUCGGCCUCAUCGACGGCCUCCUCACUUGGUGGGGGCGUUAUCUGGGCAUCAACAACCCUCCGCUAACCCUCGACCUUAUCGUCGGGUACAUUUGCUAUCCAAUUGCCUUCCUCCUCGGCGUUUCACGCGAGGGCGACGACAUUCUCAAGGUCGCAAAGCUCAUUGGCCUCAAACUCGUCGCUAACGAAUUUGUUGCCUACAAAAAACUGAUCGAGGACGAGGACUACCAAGACCUCUCGGCCCGCUCCCAGAUCAUUGUUACUUACGCCCUCGCCGGCUUCGCAAACAUCGGCUCCCUGGGUAACCAAAUCGGUGUGCUUGCACAGCUCGCACCCAGCCGAUCAGGCGAUGUAUCGCGCGUCGCCGUCUCCGCUAUGCUUACCGGUGCACUCAGCACAUUCACUUCUGCGGCAAUCGCGGGCCUUCUUAUCCAGAACGAUGAGCAGUAUCUUUCAUAGUUCUGGUGCUGUUUUUGUUGUCUUUCGGGUUCGAUUCGUUUCGGUCUGACUUUGGAGUUGUUGUGGCGGAUUGUAUAUAAGGCGGCUGGGUCCGGCCCUAUCUUGUGACAAUAUAUGAUAUUUCAUCUUUGAGAGGAUUUUUCUGUGUUAAUAUCUAUAUUAUCUAUGUCAAUCCCUGUGUAUUGGGUUUCUCUUACUGUAUGUAUGGAUUGGGGGAAACAAUACCUUUUGCCUUAUUCAACGAGUGAGGUCGAGAGGAUAUGAUACCCAUUUUGGAAUAUUGAUUUACCAGAGGCUUUUGCCGAUUUCAUCGACCUUCCUGAACAAAAUACUUAUUCGCUAAAUAGUGAUAAUUGCCCCCAGAAAUUAUCCGAAGAUAGUAAAGUAUCCAUCACUCAUACAUACAUACAUACAUACAUACAUACAUACACGCG